CCAUCUGUUAAUAAAUGUGGUCUUCCUUCUCUACCUGCCUCCUUCAUUCUUCUUCACUCACAGUCUUUUCCUUUCAUUCAUUGCUGCCUUUCUCGUUUCAAACUCUGUGAAGUCUGAACAGGCCCUAUGACGUCGUUGAAACUUGCAAGUCCAAACGCAGAAUCUGCCAUCACCUUUGCUCCUAUUGGCCCCCGUCUCAUGCCCAAGCUUUCUGCGCUCUGCAUGUCGCAGAGUAACAUUGAUAAGUAAAAAUUAAAAAUACUGAGAGGGUCCAUUUUAAAUUCGGAUCUGUGAACUGAAUCCCGUUCGCAACAUUUGUUCCCUCUUUCACUGUUGAAGCAUCUGCAGUCAUUUUCUUUCUUCUCCCCUUGGGCGUUGUGCUCAGCACUUGGUGGAACCCCGUUUCGGAUAUAUAGCUGUUCACACAGAAGCGUACCUUUCAUGGCGUCGACGAGUGCUUGGUAAUUUCAAAGCUUGCCCUCGCAUUGAUUGUUUCGCCCAUUCUUAGUUCUUAGCUCCCUCACAUCCGUGUUCUUCUCUGCACCACCUUUUGUCUUCUUCUCUUUCUCUGACCUCCCUCGUUGUCUCUUUGCAUUGAUAAAACCUUCGCUCUCUUUCUUCUUUCCUCUCCUUAUCAACUCUGAUAGGGAUUUUGUAUGGAAUGGUCUAAGCUAGGAUACUUUCGAAUCUCCGCUUUCCGGUGUUCUAUUGACUGUUGAAGAUCUUAACUGAGAGGUGAAAAUUCCUCGUGAAGGGGUGCAUUGAGAAGUGGUUUUGUUGCAUCGUUUGUGAGGGAAAGAUCCAAACUCCGAUUCUUUUCCAAGAUGCUGUGUGCUUGUUCCGGGGAGCAAUUCAAAUUCGAAGAGCCGCCACAGUCGCCGGAGUCCCUUGCUACAAGAGAUUUCUCGGCCAGUGGGCUCUCUUCGAGGACUGGUGAUUGGGAAUCUAAAUUUGAUGACACCCAAGUAGAUGAAGCUGAAUCUACUCUUAAAGAAGCUCUCUCCUUGAACUACGAGGAAGCUAGGGCUUUGUUGGGGAGGCUUGAAUUUCAAAGAGGGAAUUUCGAUGCUGCCCUUCAAGUGUUUCAGGGGAUUGACAUUAAGGGUUUGACUCCAAGGAUGAUUAGGGCCAUUUCUGAGAGAACCAAGCAAAGAAAACCACGUUCUAAGGCCGAUCGCGUGCUUCCCUCUAUAAUGUCAAUGCAUUCAGUAAGCCUGCUUCUUGAGGCUAUUCUUCUUAAAGCUAAAUCAUUGGAGGCACUCGGACGCUACACUGAGGCCGCAAAGGAAUGCAAAGUAAUUCUGGACACGGUUGAUUCUGCACUACCAGCUGGAAUGCCUCAAGGUUUUGGCGUAGAUUGUAAACUGCAAGGGAUGUUCCACCGAGCAUUAGAGUUGCUUCCAGUACUUUGGACCAAUGCAGGGUUACUAGAUGAAGCUAUCACUGCAUAUCGGCGGGCUCUGAUCAAGCCAUGGAAUUUGGAGCCACAAAGGCUGGCCGCCAUGCAGAAAGAUUUAGCUGUCACGCUCCUCUAUGGUGGUGUUGAAAUGAGCCUUCCAUCUCAUUUGCAUGUGUGGGGUGUAACAACGCCGAAGACUAACAUUGAAGAAGCUGUACUGUUGUUACUAAUACUCAUGAGAAAGAUAGCACUUCAGGAAAUCGAAUGGGAUUCUGACCUAUUAGAUCAUCUUGCAUUUGCACUUUCAACUGUUGGGAUGUUUGAGUCAUUGGCAGAUCAUGUUGAGCAGAUCCUUCCAGGUGUUUAUAGUCGUGCUGAGAGGUGGUACUUUCUUGCCCUUUGUUAUAGUGCUGCAGGACAGAAUGAAACAGCAUUGAACCUUCUAAUGAAAGUUUGUGGUAGUUCCGAAGCAAAGCAUAUACCCCAUUUUCCUUCCUUUUUAUUAGGAGCAAAACUGUGUUCCCAAGAUCCCAACCAUGCCCAUGAAGGCAUUAAAUUAUCACGGAAAGUGAUUGAUCUAGCCAAGCAUCAAUGUGAACACUUUCAGGGUCAAGGUCACAAAUUUCUUGGUGUUUGCUAUGGGGCUGCAGCUAGAAUUUCUCUACUGGAUUCUGAAAGAGUUAUAUGUCAAAGAGAGUCUUUGAAUUCCUUAAACCAAGCUGCUGUAAUUGGAAAUUGGGACCCUGAAGUGAUAUUCAGCCUUGGAUUGGAAAAUGCAGUUCAAAGAAAUCUAGCGGCAGCUUAUGAGAACGCCGUGAUGUACUCAGAUAUGAUUGUUGGUAGCUCAGGAAAAGGUUGGCAACUAUUAGCACUCAUUGUAUCUGCACAGCACCGGUUUAAGGAUGCUGAGACUGUAGUUGAUUUUGCUUUAGAUGAAUCUGGAAGGACAGAUCAGUUACAACUUUUAAGAUUGAAAGCUGUGCUUCAAAUUGCUCGGCAGCAACCUAAGCAAGCAAUAGAGACCUACAAAAUCUUGCUAGCUCUGAUUCAAGCACGAAAAGAUUUUUGGCUUGAAUAUAAGAACAUCGAUCCAGCAAACACGCUGAGACAUGAGGAUUUAACAGAAAAAAAAUUGGAAAUGGAAGCCUGGCAGGAUUUGGCAACCAUUUAUGCCGAUCUAGGCGCCUUACUUGAUGCAAAAACUUGUGUAGACAAAGCCCAGCUUAUAGAACUCUUCUCUCCCAGAAGUUGGCAUAUUACAGGGAAAUUGUUUGAAGCUAAAUCAUUAUACAAGGAGGCCAUUGUUUCUUUCACAAUUGCGCUGUCGAUAGAACCAGAUUAUGUUCCCAGCAUCAUUUCAACUGCAGAAUUGUUGUUGAAAGCUGGUAUGCAAUCACUUCCAAUCGCAAGAAGCUUUUUGAUGAACGCUCUGCGUUUGGAGCCCACAAACCAUGAUGCGUGGUUCAACCUUGGACUCGUUUCGAAAAUGGAAGGUUCAUUGCAGCAAGCAGCAGAUUUCUUCCAAGCUGCAUAUGAGCUAAAGCUUUCAGCUCCAGUUGAAAGAUUUGUGGGGGUAAUUGAGACUUCGAGAUGAGAGAACACUCAAGGGAAAGCAAGUUUCAUCAACAGCAUAAUAGAUAUUUGUUCAAUAUGUAUAGCAAUUCUAGCUACUCAUCUGUAGAUCUACUUCACGCUACUUCUAGCCUUCAGUCAAAUGUCUCACACGUUACAGUUGAAUGGAUACAGGAAGACAUUACUUUAUACAUUUAUAGAGUAAAUUUUGCUUCAAUCAGUAUCUUGUCAAACAAUGAAUUUAGUUUUAACUCUUUAUUAUAAUAGCUUGAUUGUUGCCAUUUCGAUAUGGUUACAUUUCUACACCAUGAAAGGAACUUGCUCGAA